GAGGGUGAGUAAUGCUCGUAGAAUGUCUCAUCAGGUCGAGGAAAUUAGAAAGAAGUUGGAUGAAAUUGUUAGCAACCAUCAGAAGUUUGGUCUUAGUGUAGACUAUAAUCCUAUUGUUAGGAGGAGGGACGACACUUAUUCCUACGUGGACGCACAGGCUAUCAUUGGGAGAGAGCAUGAUAAAAAGGUAGUCAUUGAUAUGUUGUUAGGUUCAAAUGAUGUUGAUGAAAGUAUUCGUUUCUUGAGUAUUGUGGGAGUGGGUGGAUUGGGUAAGACUGCUCUUGCUCAACUCGUUUGUAAUGAUAAAGAGGUUGAAGCAGAGUUUCCGGAUCCCAAGUUGAGGUUGUGGGUUUGUGUCUCUGAUCAAGAUGGUGAGCAAUUUGAUGUCAGAUCAAUCCUUUGUAAGAUUUUAGAAUUAGUUACUGAUCACAAGCCUGAUGCUACAGCCACAAUGGAAUGGGUGCAGAAGAAAUUUCAAGAGAAAUUAAAAGGAAGGAAGUUCUUGCUUGUUCUUGAUGAUGUAUGGAAUGAAGAUUGUGAGAAAUGGCGUUGCCUGUACAGGUUCUUAACGUUGGGUCGGCAGGGUAGUCGGAUUGUGGUGACCACACGUUCGGAGAUGACUGCAAAGAUUAUCGGGGAAAAACAUGUGCACAAAUUGCAAGGUUUGUCUCCAGAGAAUUCUUGGCUCUUGUUUGAGUCUAUAGCAUUUGACAAAGGGGAACAAGAGCUCGUUAAUCAUCUCAAGUUAGUUGAUAUUGGAAAGAAAAUUGCUGAAAAAUGCUACAACAUCCCGCUUGCUAUAAAGGUGGUCGGAAGUCUUCUAUUUGGUCAGCCUCUGAGUAAGUGGCAGACAUUUGUGGAUAGUGGAUUGGCUAAAAUUGGACAAGGUGAUAACGAAGUUAUGUCUAUACUUAAGCUUAGUUAUCACAACCUUAGACCCUCUUUGAAGAAUUGCUUUAGCUAUUGUGCAUUGUUUCCCAAAGAUGCUUAUAUAAAGAGGGUGAGAUUGAUUGAUCUUUGGAUGGCACAAGGAUUCAUUGUGCCAUUGGAUGGAGGUCAAAGCAUAGAAGAUGCUGCAGAAGAACAUUUCCUGAUUUUGGUACGCAGAUGUUUCUUUCAAGAUGUAAAGAAGGAUAAAUAUGGUGAUAUUGAGGGAGCGAAAAUCCAUGACUUGAUGCACGAUGUUGCUCUAGAAGUGGGGGGAGAGGAAAUAAGUGUAGUGAGUUCUAAUACAACCAUAUUGGGAGAUAAAGUUCGUCAUGUGUAUUUUGCUAGUGAUCGAUGUCCACAAAGUUUCUUUUGUAAGAGUAAGAUUCGUUCGUUUAUUUUAAGCUCUCAUUCAACAUCUCUAGUGGAUACACCAAUUGACAGUUGGAUCUGUUUAAGGGUGUUGUACUUGCGGUCAGCAGGUAUGAUAAGGCUGCCUGAUUCAAUUGGUAAGCUACUGCAUUUAACGUAUCUUGACCUGUCUUCAAAUUGUGAUUUAGAGACACUCACUGAUUCUAUUACUAGACUGAAUAAUCUGCAGACAUUAGUGUUAUCUGAUUGCAAUAAUUUGAGGGAGUUGCCAAAAGAUUUUAGUAAAUUGGUAAAACUUAGGCACUUGGAUUUAAGAGGCUGUGAUGAGUUGAGUAGAAUGCCUUCUGGAAUGGAUAAAUUGACCAGACUUAGGCACUUGAAUUUACGACGAUGUGAGUUGAGUAGUAUGCCUUCAGGCAUGGGUAAGUUGACCAAUCUUAGGGUGUUAACAUUGUUUGUGGUGGGUAAGGAAAAGAGAGGUUCUACAGAAGAGCAACGUAUGGGAGAUCUCAAAGACCUAAAAACCCUGACUGAUUUAAAAGGUGGCAUGCGGAUUGAAAUCGGAAAAUAUUACAUGAAUGAUGGUGAAGGAAAGUAUUUGAAGAGCAUGAAACAUCUCAGCAAAGUUGAAAUAUAUUUUUAUUCAGAUGAUGAUAGAUGUUCAGAGUGUGAAGGUGUGAUGGAAAAGCUAGAGCCAUCUUCGAAUAUCAAGGAAUUUGUCUUGUUGAAAUACAUGGGUACGAAAAUUCCGAGGUGGGGUAGAGCAGAGGAUGAUUGGGCAAUUUCUUUCCAACAUCUUGUCAACAUUAAGAUUAAUUUUUGUAGAGAGUUGGAGCAAAUACCAUUGUUGAGUAAACUGCGCUAUCUAAAAUCACUGUCAUUUUGGGGCUUGGAAAAGUUGUAGUAUAUGGAGAUUAGAAGCAACAACACGAGCAGUGACGGAGAAGAAUUGACCACAUUCUUUCCCUCCCUUGAAUCUCUUCAGAUUCAAUAUCUUGGAAGUUUGAAAGGAUGGUGUAGGGGGGAGGAGUACGUGGUUGAUGAAAAGGAUGAUGAUCACAUCUUGAGGAGUAGAUUGGCAUUUCCCCGUCUCUUAAAAUUAAAGAUAGAGUGUUGUGAUAACUUGAUGUCAAUUCCUUCCUGUCCAAGCCUUAAAGAUUUGAACUUCCGUUGGAAGAACAACAGGGUACGAGUUGACUGUGAUGGAGAUUCACAAGGUGAAGUCAGAUUAAGGGAGGUGAAAAUCAACGAUAUGGACUUUCUCAAGUUAAUACAGUCACUCUGUCUUACUGCCCUAUGCAUUGAUUCCAAUGAGAACGUGGAGAGUUUGUCAGAAUUUGGAGAAGUACUCCAGAGCCGAGGGUCUUCCCUACAACAAAGCCUUCAAGACUUAAAAGCUUUGCGUAAACACUAUAAUUCCUGAAUUAACUGGUCAGGACUUCACAACUUUUCUUCGGGCAGCAUAAAACCCUUACAUUGAUUUGGCUGAAU